CGCUGUAUAUCACCACAAUGCUGGUACUGUAGACCAGUACUGCAGUGCCCCACUCUCGUUUGCACCACAACAACGACCCCUCGAUUCCACGGACUAGUAUGCUCCGCGACGCUCCUCAGCCCUAUAGCUAAUCAGCACAACAACGAGAACAUCCUCAACGUGGCCUCUUCAACACAAUAACGCGAUCGUGCGCGACCGCUCCUCCCUGACCUGACGACAUGGGCAAAAAGGACCACCAGUAUGGCCUCGUCUUCGACGCAGGAAGCUCUGGCACCCGUGUCUACGUCUACUCCUGGCUCAAAGCUGCCGCCGCGCGCCGAAAGGCUGACCACGAUGAUCUCGAGCGACUUCCGGAAAUCAAAUCGAAGAACAAAUGGGUGAAGAAAGUACAUCCCGGGAUAUCAACAUUCGGCGAGAAACCCGAAUUGGUGGGGAGUGAGCAUUUGAAGGCACUGGUAGAAUUCGCGUUGGAUAUCGUGCCGAAGAAGGAGGUGGAGAAUACGCCCGUUUUCCUGCUUGCGACGGCGGGUAUGCGAUUAUUACCCAGUGAUCAGAGAUCUGCGGUAUUGUCACAUGUUUGCUCGUACUUUCAGCAGAAUACAAAGUUCCUGCUACCGGAUUGCGAUGCGCAUGUGCAGGUGAUUCCAGGGGAGACGGAGGGAUUAUAUGGAUGGAUUGCAGCGAAUUAUCUACUGGGAGGAUUCGACUCUCCGGACGACCACGAUCAUGGAAAGGGACAUCACACGUAUGGAUUUCUGGACAUGGGUGGUGCGUCGGCGCAGAUUGCGUUUGCACCUAAUGCGACGGAGGCGGAGAAGCAUGCGGAGGAUUUGAAGUUGCUGAGGUUGAGAAAGGUGGAUGGCACGGCGUUGGAGUACCGGGUAUUUGUUACGACAUGGUUGGGAUUUGGAGCGAAUGAGGCGAGGAGGAGAUAUGUCACGCAUCUGCUGGAGGCAUCACCCGACGCGCGCGAAUUACCGGAUCCGUGUCUUCCGGUGGGCAUCACGAUCAAGAAAACCGGAGAGGAGAUUGAGCCUGGUUCGGAGGAUUUGAUAUCUGGCAAAGAGCCGCAUUUAAUAGGGACGGGAGACUUCGCAGAAUGUCUGAAGAGGACGUAUCCAUUGCUGGAGAAAGAGAAGGAGUGCACAGAUGAGCCUUGUCUGCUGAAUGGUAUACAUACACCUGCGAUCGAUUUUGGAGUCAACCACUUCGUUGGUGUAUCCGAAUACUGGCAUACAACCCACGAGAUCUUCGCCAUGGCACACAAGGAUAAAGCAUACGACUUCCAGACCUACCAAAAGCAAGUUACAGAGUUCUGCUCGCGAGAUUGGAAGAGCAUCGAGAAGGACGUCGCGAAGCAGAAGUGGGGCCACAAAGUCGACGAGAAGACGGUGGAAGAAGUGUGCUUCAAAGCGAGUUGGCUCAUCAGCAUGCUCCAUGAAGGUAUCGGCGUUCCUCGAGUCGGCAUCGAAGCGAGUGCAGGAGGAUCCACCAACAAAACCACGAAAGUCAUCGAAAAAGCAAAAGACCGCGGCUUCCUUGACCCCUUUCAAGCAGUCGACGAAAUCGACGGCAAAGAAGUCAGCUGGACAUUGGGCAAAAUCAUCCUCUACGCCUCUUCACAAAUGCCCGCCGCAACAGGCGCCAUGGCCGUUGGAUUUGGCAGCAACGUCAAAGGCAACACCCUCCCCUCCGACUUCCAAUUCCCCAGCGGCACGCGUCUAACAUCGAACUCCUCCCUCCCAUCCGCCUCCUCAGGCGACGACUGGCACGACCGCCUCCUCGCAUCCUCCUACUCCCGCCAGAUCCCCGGCAUCCUCAUCUUCCUCCUCAUCCUCGCGCUAGCAGUCUACCUCUACUGCGGCCGCGAACGCCGCCUCUCCCUCUGGCACAAAUUCACCGGCGGCCGCAAAUCUCACCUCCAUACCAGACGUCCCGGCGGCGGCGGCGGCGCCUUCCCCUCCCUCUCCAACAAACUCUUCGGCACCUCCCCCUCCUACGACCGUGUCCUCGAAGAAGCCGACCCGGACGACUUCGAACUCGCCCCCUACACUUCCCACUCCUCUUCUUCCUCUUUUGACGGCGCUGAACAUCCCGACCCCACCCUCCUCGAAUCCUCCCUUCGCACCGGCCGGACUUCCGGUCUCGCUACACCUGGGCCGGGUUCGCAUGGAUUGGGAAUUUCGGCGUUUGAGAGGGGUGGAUUGUUGUCGAGGAGUGAGAGUCGGGAAUUUUUGAAUGCGGGGCCGGGAUCGGGAUUGGGGAGUAGGUCAAGGAGUCGACGGACGAGUCCUACACGGCGGACGAGUCCGUUGACGCCGUUUAAGGAGAAUUUGGAAUAA